AUGCAUUUCGUCUCAAUUAUUCUUUUUGGUUUAGUUUUCUUCGAUUUACAACAACAAACCGAUGCAAUUAGUUGUUAUGUAUGUGGUCGAGGUGCAGAAGGAUGUGGUACUUCGUUUCGAAGUUGGGGUAGUGGAGUAGCUACGUCUGCUGUUACCAAUGCGGUUGCUUGUACGAAAAUCGUAUCGACAGUUAACUCGAACAGUAUUUUACGUUCAUAUGUCGGCAAAACGGGAACUUGUACUGAAGGCGCAAACAACGAUGAUGGAACGAAUUCUUAUCAGUACUGUUGCACAACAGAUUAUUGUAACAAAGGUUCGAUUGGGAAGGGCAAUAUUCUGUCAGGAAUGUUCUCAAUAAUUCUUGCAAUGUUCUUCGUAUUCAUGGAUUGA